AUGAGUUCAACAACACCAAAGCAUCCAUCAUUGCCUUUACUUACAAAAAAGAAAACAUUAUCAACUAGUAAUAGUUCAACAUUAGGAACACGAACUAAUACACAACGAGCUAUAUCUGAUGAAGAUAUUGCUCAUAUUGUUGAUGCACCAUUGGCAAGAGAAUCUUCAAGUGGUUUUAAUUAUCAAACAUUAACAGAAGCAUCUCCAUUAAAUGAAACAAAAACAAAAACUAGACCACCAGUUCGUUCACAUAGUUCAUCAAAUGCUGAACUUAGUUAUCAUUUACAAAAUUUAAAAAAUUUAAGUAAACGUAAAACAACACUUACUGGAGAUGAUCGUAAUAAAAAUGAAGAACGUAUUCAUUUAACAUCAUCAAAUCUUAAAAUUGUAUGUAAUGAAAAUGGUAAAGAAACAUCGAUACAUUCAACAAUGGAAUUACAAACAAUUGAAACAAGUAUUGAUUUACCUGUUUCAUGGAAACCAGCUAUACAACAAAUUACUAUUCCAAGAGAUUCAUGGGAUCAUAAAAUAGAAUUUCUUCUUGCUGUUAUUGGCUAUGCUGUUGAUUUAGGUAAUGUCUGGCGUUUUCCAACAACGGUCUAUAAGAAUGGUGGUGGAGCUUUUUUUAUUCCUUACUUUGUUCUUCUAAUUUUUGGUGGUUUACCACUCUUCUAUAUGGAACUUGCUCUUGGUCAAUAUCAUCGAGCAGGUGUAUUUACAAUAUGGAAACAUAUUUGUCCAUUAGUCAAAGGUAUUGGUUGGGCAACAGUAUUAAUUAAUUUUAUGACAGCAACCUUUUAUAAUACAGUUAUAUCAUGGGCUGUUUAUUAUUUGGUUAUGUCCUUUAAUGGCUUACGAACUGAAUUACCAUGGAAAAGUUGUGGUCAUAAAUGGAACACAAAAUGUUGUGUAGCAGCAGAUAUAAAACUAUAUAGAACUAUAGCUCAAAAUAUGAGUAUAGCCGAACAAAGAUUAAAUAUGACAGCAAUAGAACCAUCCUAUAAUUGUACUCGUUUCGUAUAUUCAACUGAAGAAUAUUUUUAUCGACGUCUUCAAGAAGUAGAUAAAGCAGAUGGAUUUAAUAAUUUAGGUCAAAUUAAAUGGGAACUUGCCUUAAGUCUUUUAGUCGUUUUUGUUCUUGUCUAUUUUGCUCUAUGGAAAGGAAUUAAAAGUUCCGGCAAAGCUGUAUGGAUUACUGCUAUUGCUCCAUAUGCAGUUUUAUUUAUUCUAUUAAUUCGUGGUGUUACUUUACCUGGUUCAUCGAUUGGCAUACAUUAUUAUCUUCAACCUAAGAUGGAAUUAUUGAAAAAUUUUGAUAUUUGGAAUGCAGCAGCUACUCAAAUAUUUUUUUCACUUGGACCAGGUUUUGGUGUUCUUUUAGCUCUUUCAUCAUAUAAUAAAUUUCAUAAUAAUUGCUAUCGAGAUGCAUUAAUAACAAGUACGAUCAAUUGUGCUACAUCAGUUCUAGCAGGUUUUGUUAUUUUUUCAACACUUGGUCAUAUGGCUAAUGUAUCAAAGAAAACAAUCGAACAAGUUAUUGAAGAAAAAGGUUCCGAACUUGUCUUCAUUGUUUAUCCACAUACAAUUGCCUUAAUGGAAUGGUCAACAUUAUGGGCUGUUCUUUUUUUCUUUAUGGUCAUAACAUUGGGUAUUGAUAGUACAUUCGGUGGUCUUGAAUCAAUAAUUACUGGUUUAUGCGAUGAAUAUCCUAAUAUAUUUGGACGUCAUCGUUCAUUCUUUGUACUUGGAGUUCUUACGAUAUGUUAUUUAGGUGCAUUACCAACAUGUACUUAUGGUGGUGAUUAUAUAGUCACUUUAAUGAAUGAAAUAGCAGUAGCUCCAGCUAUUCUUCUUGUCGUAUUUAUUGAAUGUAUAGCUGUUUCAUGGUUUUAUGGUGUUAAUCGAUUUUCAUUUGAUAUUAAAGCAAUGAUUGGUACAAGACCAUCAUUAUUUUGGCGAGUUAUUUGGUAUCUUAUUAGUCCAAUGUUUUUAUUUGUAAUAUUCUAUAUUGCCAUGAAUAAUUUUCUUUUCGGUAAAACUCUUAUUAAAACAACCAAUUUAAAAGAUUUACCAAUACCUAUACAAAUAUGGUCAUAUCUUAUGGUAUUUUUACCAAUGUUAUGUAUACCAGGUUAUGCCAUUUAUAAAUUAUUUAUAACACCAGGAAAAAAUUUUGAUGAACGUCUUCAACGGGCAGUUAAACCUGAAGAACCAUUACUUGAACUAAUACAUUCUCGAUCAACUGCUGGACAACAACAGCAAGAUAAAAUUGAACUUCUCUAA